AUGGUCGGUGGUGAUGCACCUGCUUUGCCGUCUAGCAGGGUUGCUGAGUCAGAUGCAGAGGAAGCUUUCGAACCCAGGAGUAAGCUUCGACGAGGGGUCUUCAGCAACUUCGACAUUUCUGCUUAUGCCAUUGCAAUCCACCCCUCCUCGACCCAGCUUGCCUGCUACUCCGAAGGCACCCACUUGGUAUCGCUUUCGCUGGCAACGCCGAGACCAGUUCAGCCCUCAACAACAGCUUUGCGAGCACCUUCAGAGUUACACCCGCCUGCUUUUCGCGAGCCAAUCGCCGGCUUGGUCACCAGCAAGGAUAACCAUCAGGCGUGCGAUGAACGCAACAAGGUACUUUUUGACCAGCUUUGUGCAUCGCAUGGCGCCUACAGCGAGGUGCUGCAACAGCUUUCAGGGAGUCGCGAGGGAGCAGUGAUCAAGUCUCGGCUUCUCAGCAAGGUGAGUGACACCACGGCGGCCCGCUACCUUCGUUCAGUCCAGCUUUUCUUUUGUGCCUUUGAAGAGCUGGGUGGCAACAUGGAGUCUAUCGACCAAGGUCUAUUCCUUGAUGCUUUCUUCGCUUUAUCUCGAGGCUCCGAAACAGGCCCACUUUCCAACAGCAUCAAUGUGCUCAAGGCGCUGCGCUGGUACAAGAAGCUUCUUUCACUUGCAUGCCUCCCAGACCUGUACGGCACCGCUUUCAGUCUCCUCUCCAAUCCGUCUGGCCAGGAGAAACGAGAGAGCAUACCACUGCCGCUUUCUUUUGUGGCCUUCCUUGAGCGCACCCUGCUUUCAGGCACAGCCAGCUUGAUGGACACCAUCUGGGCGGGGUCGUUCUUGGUGGCAAUCGGUGCUAGCCUCCGCUUCGCGGACGCCCAGCAUGUCCGCUGGAGCUCACUUUGUGUGAGCCAUUUCACUUUACGAGGAAUAUGCUACAGGACCAAGACCACCAAAGGCGGAUGCCCCUUUGGUCUCCUCAGCUUUGGCCCCUUUUCGUCAUCUGAGGAAUGGGGGCUGACUUGGCUCCCCCGCUGGUUGGGAGCAUUAGACAGGGUUUGGUCCGACCUCCGCUCUCGCUUUGGGGCCCAGCCUGAGCCAGAUUGCAUGUUUUUCCUCUUAAGUGAUGCAGGCUUUGCUCCGGCCACUUAUUCACAGGCCCUUCAGAAGUUGCGCUACUGGCUGACGCUUUCAGGGAUAGAGCCGCAUCAAGCUUCUCAAUAUACGCUUCACAGUUUGAAGACGACCUUCCUUUCGUGGAUGUCUCAGCUUUCUAUCCCACUGGCGUCCCGCUUUCUCCAGGGACAUCAUAAAACCCCUGGCUCUGCCCAGCUGUACUCCCGGGACGACGUAUGGCCAGCCCUAAGAGCGCAGCUUCUUUUGUGGCGGUCGAUCCACUCCGGCUUCCGUCCUGCCAGGCCGCAACACCGAGGGGGACAAUCACCGCUUGCCGAGCCCCCCUUCGAGACGGCGGGGUUCCAAUGGGACGCCUUCAUCCCGGAACUUACAUGUUUCUCGCUUGGCAGUGACUUCCAAUCAUUCCUGGCCCUGGAACAACAGGUCGACCACUUCGAGGACUCAGAUGCCGAUGAUGCAGGCCCGGCUCGCCCUUCAGCGAUGGUCGCAUCCACUUUGGAGGAGCAGCCGCUUGAAGCUCCAUCUUUUCAAACUUCCCGCACAAACUGCAGGGAGGUGCGGAUGCCCAAUGCCAGGUUCGAUGUCACCCCGCUUGUGGAUGCAUCUCAGACUUUUCCGCUUUUGUGCAUUUUCCGCCUGAAUCUCGCUUAUGUAAGCGAUCAGCUUAUGAAACAUAAUCCCGCUUUACUUCCAGCGUGGGUCAUGGCCAAGUUGUCCCCCGACUACGUGUUCAGCCUCCUCAAAAGCAUGAACGAGGCUGAGAGGGCCCACUUUUUGAAGCGAAUGGAAGGAGACCCGCUUCUUCCUUCCACAACGCCGGCACCCGCUUUGGCAGCAGCACCUUGGGAGCAACCUGCUUCGAGCACCGUGAUCGACCCCAUCGGGGACUCCAUCGCUGCCGAAGAUUACGGACCACCGGCCGCUUCAAAGUCUUCUCCCUCGCCUCCUGCACCCACUUUGGAGGCACCAGCGGAGCCGGAGCCUAAGGCAGCCAGCGGUGGCCAGAGCGCCCCCACGGAAGCCACUUCAGCUGCUCAGGGCGACGGGGCCAAAGCCGAUGCCACGGGGGCCCCGCCACCGCCGCUUGUGGAGGAGGGCACCACGGGCGGAAGCUCGGGCAACACAGGGCAACAGCCGCCCACUUCAACGCCACAGCGCGAGAUUGCCCCGCUUCUCGCUAGUGACGCCCCAGCCUCCCGCUUGGGGCACACUAUCUAUGACAGCGAAGGCCGGGCCACUUUGCAGCUGGUUCAAUUGUGGGCAUGCCGCCGCCAGUGUUCCCAAUGCGCUCAGGGACACUGUCAGGCGACAUUCAGCGACAGAUCCAACAGCUUCCACGUGAACCACUUAUGCAGAGACUGCAAACGCGCUCGUGGGCGUGAGCGCCAGGAGGCCACUUCACAGUGGAACCAUGGCCAAGACGAGUGGGGCCAGAGCCAGACCGCUUGGGAGGAGUCGCCCGCUUGGAGCUCCUGGAACUGGUCUGGCCCCUUCGACAUGUCCGACUUCUCGCAGUUCGUGUCGGACUGCAACGUACCUCCCGCGGUGGCCUCUCUGCUUUCGGAGUUCGACACCGCUUUGUACGCACGUGCUUGCACAACUCCUUCCGAGCUAGAGGAACUGAUCACCCACUUCAUGACUGAAGCCGCGGUGACAGAAGCAGCGGAACGCUUUAUCACGAAAGCAUCGCUACGCCUGCUUUUCUCCAAAUGCAGGCAGUCGGAAGGCAUGGCAUCCUUGGAAGCCACGCCCAGCUCUUCUCUCCCGCUUGGAGAAGCGCCUUCAACAGCUGUGCCAACCGCUCCGGCAGCAGUUCCGCUUUCUAGCUCAUGGCAGGAGGCUUGGCCGGCAAAACUCAGCGGCGAACGCACUGCAGCGCUUAGGAGAAGGUUCGAGGAGGAUUACCCCACUGAACUCCUCGACGCCGAGAGCUUUCCGAGCGCCCGCUUGUUGGCCCUCACCAAUAAGAUGCUUUCAGAAAAGGAAGUGCGAUGGAUUCCCUGGAAGUACCGCUUAAGUGCAAGGGCGCAAGAAGACAGCCUGCUUAUCAGGCCCAAGAAACAGGCCCGCUUUGACAUCGCGGAGUUCUUCUUCGACGAGGCCCCAACCAGGGAUAUACAUGAAGGCCCCGCUUCAUUCAGCUUCGUGACACAGCUUCUCUCACUUGCUGCGAAUGCGAUCGCUUUAUGCCAGGGGGCCCACCUAGGCUCCCUGAAACUCUACAACAAAAAGUUCACCCGCAUUUGCUUCACCAAAUACGAGGCCUCCGCCAACCUACGGGGCCCCACUACGAUGGAAGCCCAGGCAGCUGAUCGCCGAUGUUGGGAAAUCAUCGCCGACUUAGUCAAUGUGCAUCAUUGGAAGCUAGAUGACGCGCUUCACGAAGUGGCGGAGGUGCGCUCUGAUUUGCACAGCUUACUUGCGCCCAGGCCCUUCGUGCCCAAACCCAAGCACGACCCGGACAACAGCUGGAAGACCGGUGCCAAAGGCAACGGUCGUGGAGGCAAAGGCGGGGGCCGGGGCAGCAAGGGCCGCGAUGGCAAAGGCGAAAAGGGAGAGCGCUUCGAGAGAGGCGGCGGCAAAGGUGGCAAAGGUAAGGACAACAAGCAGGCGACGCCUCCCGGAAAAUGGCUUUCAACCAUCUUCAUGGAUGGCAAGCGCCAGACUCUUUGCAUGCGCUACCAGAGCGGUCAGUGCAAGGACCCAGCCACGUGCCGCUAUGUGCACAGAUGCGCAGUGCCCAAGAGUGAAACCCACUUCAGCGACCAGCGGGACAUCGCUGAGGAGGUCACAGUUGUCCCGCUUUCAGUGCCUGCUCAGCCUUCAGGUUCAGCAGGGGCAACAUCGGCACUGCCCAAGGCUGGUGCCCCAGUAUCCAGUGCAUCUUUGGCGAUCAGUGAAGGCUCCCUCGACUUCGCUACCUGCUUGGAGCUUUUAGCGCAGUACUUUUCCAUUCCCUUCAUUGAUGCCGCAGGCCCCACCGACAAUGCCAUUGACGCUUCCGGAGCAUAUUUCAACCUGGGAGCUUUCUCCUUUGAUAACGGCACCAGGUCGGGGAUAUUUCAGCGCACUGAACAAUUUUCCGAUGUACUUCGUUUCUUGAACGCUUUCAUGCAGCUUCAGUUCCCGGGUGCCUCUUGGAGCUCCUUGUGCGUGAGCCACAACGUUCGUACUCGCUUACACACGGAUGCUGGCAACGCUUCAGGAACACUCAAUCACACAGUUUCACUCGGCAAUUUCAGCGGAGGUGAGAUCUGGAUUAGCCCAGCUUUGGAUCCCUCUGCGGCCAACAUCCCGGCCCCACUGGAGGCCUCAUCCGAGGCCCACAGAGCAGAAGAUGCAAGCAAAGGUGAAUUGCGCGACACCUGGCAUUCACCGCUUUCCUUCAGCUGUGAAUCCCUCCAUUGUACGAUGCCAAUCCAAGGAGACAGGUGGGUAUUGACUGCCUACACUUGCAGGAACCUACACAGCUUCGACAUGAAGUCGCUUGCACAUUUAAAGUCACUGGGAUUCCCAUUGCCUCCAGUUCCUACAGCAUUUCCUCAGGCUUUACCCUCUGCACCGAAGGACAAUACGCACGUCGAGAUCUUCCUAGAUAUCUGCUGUGGUGCCUCUCACCCACUUACCACAGCGAUCUCAUCAUGUGGCAUCAUAUGUUUGCCCAUUGACCUGCUUGGUGAGGAGCAGCUGGAUCUCUUGCACGACGACACGUGCGAUCACCUCCUUCGGUUAUGCUUCUCAGGCAUUGUACGUUUUGCUCAUGGAUCCCCGCCAUGCAAAGAAUACUCCCGCUUGAAGCUACGCCCCGGGGGACCUGCUGCUAUCCGAUCCCCAGAACAUCUCAACGGUUUGCCAGGCAAUACAGCUUCACAGCAGGAACGCGUGCUAAGCAGCCAGAAGCUUCUGUAUCGCUGUGUAUGCCUGCUUCGAGCCGCUUUCAACUCAGGUGCACAUGACAUGCUUGCUGAGAUACAGGCUUCACUGGUCAACAUCCCGGCGUGCUCAGUUGGUACAUGCUCUCAUUCGGAGGGUCAUCCUUCUGUGGCCGGCGUCCGGGACGAGCUUGGCGGCCAAACUUUUCUCAUCAUGCCGGAUGGAGGUGGCAUCUACUCCCUGCCGGACUGGUCAAUGGGAUACCACUUCGCCUUCAGCAACAUGUCGCAGCUGGCAGUAACAGCCCACUUUUCUCGGAAGAGGAAACAUCGUAUUCACACAUACUUGGACGACAAGCUGCGCUUUACUGGGACACCGCCGGGCACUAGCAUUUCUGAAGGGUCCACUUUGCUUUCUGCUCGGCACAAAACUCUACAUAGCAAGAAGGACCUCGCUUUAGUCCCGGUAAGCACAAAGCGCAUGUGGCUUCGUGUUACAGACCCCACUUCUUCGAAGCGACGCCUUUCGGAGGCCAGCCGAGAAACACUUUCCUUCUUUGCCCAUUUGAGCUCCAGGGAAUGGCGCCCUCGACCGCUUAGACCACCACCUACCAGCUCGGUGGAGUCAGCAGCUGACGCUUUUGGCAAAGGCAACAACUGUGGCGUUGGCGGUUGGCUACUUCUCCCAUGUGGAAGACUGCUUUGGUUUUCUCACCGAUACACUGUCCAGGACUUCCUAGAGCUUGGCCUGCCAAUGCAACCCGAUGCCAACCUGGACAUCUCCAGCUACGAGACGCUUGCACAGUGCUACGUGCUUCUUGCUUUCUGGAAAGCCCAUGGUUCAGGUCGCUUGGCUCUGACAUUACCAGCUUUGAGCGAUAAUAGUGGUGCUGAGUCGGUGUGUAACAAGCUUUACACUUCUAAAGUACCACUUAAUCUUUUCGUUCGCAAGCUUUCAAUGUGGAGCUCUAUAACCGGUGUCACUUUGGACUGCAGCCAUAUCGCUGGCGAAAAGAACGAUGACGCAGAUCUUCUUUCUCGGUGGGACGGCUCCGCAGAACUCCCGGCCAAGUUUCUGCCUUCCAACCGCAUCGAGCUGUACCUGUCUGAGUUCUGGCAGAUCCGCUUUCAAGUGAAGCUUUUUCCCUCCGACACAUUUUUAAAGUGGCAGCUUCCUUCGGCCACCAGGUUGGGCCCGACAAACCGCGGCUCAACGAAGCGCAAAUAG